GUUGUCUCGAACCGCUCCCCUGCCACAGGCGCGACGCUGCGCGACCCCCCUAUUACCGGUCUUCUUGGAUACCCAACACCAUGUUCUACUCAGAGGCGAUUCUGUCGCGGCGGGGACCGCUUGCCAAAGUAUGGCUUGCAGCACACAUGGAGCGGAAGCUCUCCAAAACACAGACACUACAGACAGACAUUGGGCAGUCAGUCGAGGCGAUCAUGGGUCAGGAGGUUGAAGUCAUGGCCCUCCGGCUCAGCGGACAGUUGCUGCUCGGUGUAGUGCGGAUAUACAGCAGGAAAGCCAAGUAUCUCUUGGAUGACUGCAACGAAGCAUUGCUGAAGAUCAAGAUGGCGUUCCGACCUGGAAUUGUAGACAUGACGGAGGAUCAACUUGCCGUCAACCGCAAUGCUAUCACGCUGCAGGGCAACCAGCUCGACCUCGAUGCUCUCAUUCCCGACAUCAACUGGGACAUGGAUUUUGAUGACCAGAUUAUUCAACCCGGAGGGCAACACAUUGCCAAGGCGGCCGAUAUCACACUGGCCACCGCCGAAGACUACCAAUUUGACUUCGAUGACCCAGGUUAUGGGUUCGAUCUAGGUCCCUCCGAUGGUAUCGGGUCACAGGAUUACGAGCCGCUGGGAAUCGACUUCGGAGAGGGCACAGUCGACGUCGAGGAAAGACGGUCAGAGGUGGAGGACGACAGCAUGAGUGUUGGUGUUGGGCGAGACGCCGCGCGAUCAGUUAGCGGACGGGAGUCGAUGGACGCAUUCUUCGGCAGACCAGGUGCGGACGUCGAUCUUGCCUCGGUACGGAGCAGGGAGGCAUCGGCACGACCGUUCGACGACAUUGACAUGGAUUUCGGGGGCGAUAUCGACCUUGGGAUUAGCUUCGACCCUAUGCCCUUGCCUGCUCCUGAGCCGAUGCAGGUCGACGACCAGGCGCUAACACCACAGACACCACGUCUGACGCCGUCGAGAGCUUCAUCACCUCUCACGGAACCUCCACAAACUCCUCCACCAAACGUCGAGCUGACACCGAGAGUGGAACUCCCAGAAGCGGGUAAAGCGCCACGGAAAAAGAAGGAGAAGAAACAGAUCAUCGACACCGUGACUGAGCUCGCACAAGGCCCCGGUGCACGCGUCGGACGUGGGCGCGGAGCGGGCGUCGGUUCACAGCAAGUAGACGUGAGCGGCAUCGUCACGGAGCACCAUUACCUCCCCGGCUCGUCUGUUGUCAUGCGCUUGCUUGAGAUUCGGGAGGAUCCCGUCGCACACUUCCUUCCGACUAGGACGACCCCCGCGGGUACCUUCUUUUCUGCGGCCCCUCCGGGUCUCACGCCAGAACUUGCAGAACUGUUCAUACGGCCAGUGCAGAUCUUCUCGGCGCCGAAGCGUCGCGGUGAGCAAGCGGAGAGGCCUCCGAGCAAGAGGGCGAGGGUUGAAGGGACUCCCGCAGCGGAGGAGGAGGUCGAGCAGGCUCGUCGGGCAAGCGUGGCACCCAGUGUUGCUCUUGGUAGUGAUGUGCUCCGACGACCGAGCGUCGCACCCGGAGACCUAGAGUUCGACAAUACCGGCGGUGUCGAGGACUUCCAGCUGCCCGAGUUCCAGAUGGACAUGGGCGCGGAGAUGCUACCGGAAGCGGGCCGCGAGAAGUCUGCUGCGCCGUCGGAACUGACGCGACUAUCGUCGCUGCCACCGGAAGUACCUGAGGCGGAGGGCGAGGUGUCGUACGCAGAUGUAACGUGCCCAAUCGCCAUGUUUGACGAUCGGACGUCACAACAGAGUCAGACGGAAAGUCAGGCCAGUAGUGAUGAUGGCAAGGGGUACAGCAAAAUUACUGUCAAGGCUCUCACUGUCAUCCGUAAGGAGUUACAACCCACUCCUGGACAGGAGCAAGAGAAGGUCAUGAGCUUUAGACAGAUGUCCCAGAAGGCGAGCCGUCGUGCGGCGUCCUCAUUCUUCUUCGAGUUGCUGGUCCUGGGAACCCGUGACUGCGUAGAACUCUCACAGGCAGCGCCAUUCGAGAACAUCGAGGUGCGAGCAAAGGACAAGCUAUGGGAGCGCCAGCGGCAUGGAUCUGUUGCACCGUCCAUGGUAUCAGGUCUCCGCCAAUCCUCUGCCGUGCCGUCUCUGUCUGCAUCACCGCGACGACAGGGCUCCGUCGCCCCUUCCAUUGCAUCGGCGUUUGGUCUAUAGUGUAGAUGCGUCCAUGGACUGUUCUCUACUUUCUAACCUUAUUUCUCUUGACUUCUAUCGAUAUAAUUCCUCGCUAUACUCUUGCGUAUCGUUAUGCCGUGUUGCUACGACCUUUCACGACCUCAUUUCACUUGUAUCUCUCGUAGUGUCCCAGCCACAGUCGAUGUCGCAGCCUGUCGUGUUUUUGUCGCUUGUUCUGCCUAUCGUCAUUGUAUCGUUGAAACUCAGUCAGUAUCUUAGGCCUAUACCUGCUGUGCCUUGUGAUCC